AUGGACAGACGUACUCCUUAUACCCUGAGUGUUCUUGCUCCCAGUACAGAUGGCGCCGAAGAAUCUCGAACGCAGAUCCAAGCAAGACUGCGCGAGUUUGUGUUGGAAUUCCAGCUCGACAAUGCAUUCAUCUACCGUGAUCAGCUUCGCCAGAAUGUCCUCGUAAAACAGUACUAUUGCGACAUCGAUAUCGCCCAUCUGAUUUCCUAUAACGAGGAGCUGGCCCACAAGCUCACUACCGAACCCGCCGAUAUCAUCCCCCUUUUCGAGGCAGCCCUCCAGCAGUGUACCCAGCGGAUUGUUUAUCCUUCGCAGAGAGACAUUGUACUUCCCUCCCAUCAACUCCUACUCCAUUCCUCCGCAUCGCACAUUUCCAUUCGUGACUUGAACGCCACGAACAUCUCACAUCUUGUCCGCAUUCCUGGAAUUGUUAUUGGUGCCUCGACAAUAUCAUCCAAAGCCACUGUCGUUCAUAUCCGUUGCAAGAGCUGUGAUCACAGCGAUAACAUUCGGGUAGACGGCGGUUUCUCCGGUCUUACUCUUCCCAGACGAUGUGGUCGCGACAAGCAGCCAGGCGAGACUCCUGGAGAGCAAUGCCCCCUGGAUCCUUACGUGAUCGCUCACGAAAAGUGUCAGUUCGUCGAUCAGCAGGUUCUCAAGCUCCAGGAAGCCCCCGACCAGGUUCCCGUGGGUGAGCUUCCGAGACAUGUUCUCAUCUCAGCCGAUCGAUAUCUGGCCAAUAGAGUGGUUCCCGGAUCUCGUUGUACCGUGAUGGGGAUUUUUUCUAUCUACCAAUCGAAGGGUGGCAAGAAGGAUGGCGCGGUGGCUAUCCGCAACCCUUAUCUUCGGGCGGUGGGUAUCAGCACCGACCUGGAUCAUACUGCGAAGGGCAAUGCUAUCUUCUCGGAGGAAGAAGAGCAGGAAUUCCUGGAACUCAGUCGCAGGGAGGACUUGUAUGAAGCGCUGGCUAGGAGCAUUGCUCCGUCAAUCUACGGCAAUCUGGACAUCAAGAAGGCCAUUGUCUGCCUCCUCAUGGGCGGCUCCAAGAAGAUUCUCCCCGAUGGGAUGAAGCUGCGUGGAGACAUCAACGUGCUACUGCUCGGUGAUCCUGGUACCGCCAAAUCUCAGUUGCUCAAAUUCACGGAGAAGGUAUCACCUAUCGCCAUCUACACAUCCGGUAAAGGUUCCUCGGCCGCUGGUUUGACCGCUUCGGUGCAGCGAGACCAGCAGACACGCGAGUUCUAUCUGGAAGGUGGUGCUAUGGUGCUUGCUGAUGGGGGUGUUGUCUGUAUUGAUGAGUUCGACAAAAUGCGAGACGAGGAUCGAGUCGCCAUUCACGAAGCCAUGGAGCAGCAAACGAUUUCCAUCGCGAAAGCCGGUAUCACAACGAUUCUCAACUCACGAACAUCAGUGCUUGCGGCCGCCAACCCUAUUUUUGGCCGGUACGAUGAUUUGAAGACACCCGGAGAGAACAUCGAUUUCCAAACAACAAUCCUGUCUCGUUUCGAUAUGAUCUUCAUCGUCCGCGAUGACCACGACCGCGCCCGUGAUGAGAACAUCGCACGACACGUGAUGGGUGUGCAUAUGGGCGGCAGAGGUAUCGAGGAGCAAGUCGAGGCCGAAGUUCCCUUGGAGAAGAUGAAGCGCUACAUCAGCUACUGCCGCAGCCGAUGCGCGCCCCGCCUCGCGCCCGAAGCAGCUGAGAAGCUCUCAUCGCAUUUCGUAUCCAUUCGAAAGCAAGUCCACCGCGCCGAAAUGGACGCCAACACCCGCUCCUCCAUCCCCAUCACGGUGCGUCAACUGGAAGCCAUCGUCCGUAUCACCGAGUCCCUGGCCAAGCUGAGCCUCUCGCCAAUCGCCACAGAGGCACAUGUCGACGAAGCCAUCCGUCUUUUCUUGGCCUCGACCAUGGACGCUGUCACCCAGGGCGAGGGCCAAGGCAGCAAGGAGAUGAUGGAGGAGGUCGGCAAGAUCGAAGACGAGCUCAAGCGCCGCCUUCCCAUCGGCUGGAGCACAAGCCUGGCGACUUUACGCCGGGAGUUCGUCGACGGCAGAGGCUACACGGAGCCAGCUCUCAAUCGGGCCCUGGUGGUCUUGCAGAGACGCGAUACGAUCCAGAUCCGCUCCGGCGGGUCCCAGGUCUAUCGCCAUAGUGUAUGA